AACAUGGUGGAGACGAUUUCAGCAUCGAAUGCUAGUUUCUAAUUUGCUGUUACCUAGGGCAACGAAUUCAGUUAGCUUCUCUUAGGGCAAAUUAGUUUUUUUGGUACAAGACUGUCGUCCGAAUCGUUUGUUUUUCGAAUUUGCAAGAAAACCGAUCACUAACAAUGAUUCCGAGUAGAUAUUCCGUAAGCUACAAAUGGUGGCACAUAGACUAAAUUGGAUUUGGCGGAGAUUUAUGGUAGUGGGUAGGUACGCGGGGUCCGGGGUGUGAAAUAAUCACAAAUUCCCUAGGCGAUUUGACUUUCAUCAUUCUAAACAAACGUCGAAGUUAGCACUACAAUCAUCUGCAAACCAACUAAAAUUGAUUUGGAUAAGAAAAGACUAAUCUGGCCACAUGGGAAGUUAAAGGCUAAGUAUACCGAGCUUAUUUGUAAAGCGUCGAAUGCAGAUAAGGCUGUUUUGCGGCAUGGUGACACAAAUCGACACAGCAGACACUCUUGUUGGAACGCCCGUUCGUUUCGUUUGGUUGUUUUCUUCGAGUGUUUCGUAUACCGCCAAUUUUGCGGCUUGCGCAGAUCUUAAGGGGUGCCCUUAAGUACUGGUCUCUCGAACGUAUCAUGAAAAUUCACCGAAACAUGGCGUAAAUUCGGCGAGCGAUGGUGAAUGAAGCUUCUUAUUGAAAAGUGAUUUGUUUGAUAACAACGUUAAUGUCGCGAAAUGCUUCCUUUCAUGGUGGGCUACCUGGUCAGCGCUGAUUGAUAGAACGAGCUCGUUACCCAUUGUCUUAGCCCUUGAAUAUACCCUGUUUCCUGAUAUUCCUGUCCAAGUGUGAUUUUGAUCAGUUCGUUCCUUGAUCUUUGCAAACAAGAGCUAGUGAAGAGUGGAAAAUGUCUUGCAGCUAUGCGGAUGGCCUGACACCAUAUGAUAAUAAGGGUCAGCUUGGUCUUGAAGAGAAAUUUGACAGUGAUGAGACACUCCGUAUUAAAUGUGACCUGUUAGCUGAAUGGAUGAACAAGGCACAACACAUUGUGGUUCACACCGGUGCAGGUAUCAGCACUGCCGCCGGUAUACCCGACUUCAGAGGACCGAAGGGCGUUUGGACCCUUGAAGAAAAAGGCUUGAAACCUGAAAUGAAUAUUUCUUUUGAUGAUGCAAUACCCACAAAAACCCAUAUGGCACUGAAAAAACUCAUCGAUUGCAAUAAGGUGAAAUUCAUUGUGAGCCAGAAUAUCGACGGACUUCAUCUACGGUCUGGAAUUCAGCGCCAAAAACUUGCAGAGUUGCAUGGCAAUAUGUUUGUCGAACAGUGCGAUAAAUGCGGGAGACAAUUUAUUCGUAACUUUGCAACGAAGAGCGUUGGUAAAAAAUGUUUAGGAACUGAAUGUCGAUCAGAAAGAAUCGGUGGACGUCCAUGCCGCGGCAAAGUUCACGACACCAUACUAGACUGGGAGCACAACUUGCCCGACAAAGACCUCGCCCUCUCAGAUCUCCACUCGAGCAUUGCAGAUCUGAGUGUUUGCCUGGGAACGACUUUGCAAAUAAUUCCAAGCGGUAAUUUGCCCCUUUACACGAAAAAAUAUGGAGGUAGACUUGUAAUUUGCAAUCUCCAACCAACCAAGCACGAUAAAAAAGCAGAUUUGGUGAUCAGCGGCAUGGUAGAUGAAGUAAUUUCCAUUGUAAUGAAGAAAUUAGGUUUCGAAAUUCCGGAUUACAACAGUGAUCUAGAUCCUACAAGAAACUCAGAAAUGACUUCCGCCGAACUGAAUUGGACAAUACCAACGGCGUGUAUAAAAGAAAUGAAGAUAUUGUAUAAGAAAGUCUGCAGGCCAACGCAGCGGAAAAGAAAGACUUUUAUGUAUGAAAGGGAAAAAGAAGAAUUUCCGAACAACUUUAAAUCAGUCAAGACAUCUGCAUCUGGUAAUGCAAUGGUACAAGCGCAAAUUAUAGAUCAUCUAUCAGGAAACAGUGACGCCCUUACAACGAACUCCAGAAUUACCUCAAAGGUCGAUGAGGUUAAGCAAGAGAAGGUCGAUGAGGUAAACGUGAAAGUGGAAACACCAUACGAAACACACAUAAAUUUUGAAGUUCCUAUUAAUCAGGAGGCAUCUACUUCUGAUAAAAAAUCCUAUGGCCAAUAUGGAGCCGAUGGUGGUGAUACGACAUGAAUGAUAAAACUGUACUACAUUUGGAAGCAAAUUUCAAGGCAAGAAAUAGAUUCCAUGACUCCACUGUGGAAUCUGUCACACUUAAAAGCAAUUCCUUGGCGGCAAUCGUUGUUCGAUGUAUAUCUGUGUGUAUUUCAGGUGGCAUAAUGCAACUUUUGAUUCUAUUAUUUCCUAAUUUCAAUGGCUCACUAUUGAAUUCAUUUAUUGAACUAUUGUCUGGCCAAUAAAUAACAUUUCUUAUUUUUUAUACCAAAA